AUGUCUACCCCUCAAUUCUGGUCGACACCUCUCCGGUACCUCCGCUGGGCCUCUCAUGAAAAGCCUGCUAUCUUCUACUCGCUUGUCAUCGGUGCCAUGGGUCCCAUCUCGUUGGUGGCUCUGCCUCCGAUCAGACGGGCCUUCGGCGACGUUGACCCGGAACCCAUUCCCCUAACAUAUCCCAUUCCUCAAGGACCCCGGCAGAUCCCGCAAGGGUUCGAUGACGAGUAA